AUGAAAGCAGCGGCAAUGUCAGUUUGGAUUUUUAUCAACCUUCUUUGUUUUGGAAUGUGUGGUUAUUUAUACUUGAUAUGGUCACAAUAUUGGAUGAGUUUAGAAAGGCAAAGACUUUUUAAUAAAGCCCAUGCAACUCCUCAAAAUAAUGGCAAAUCGGGAAUAAGUUAUCAAGAGACAUUUUCUGAAAAUAUAGUCUAUAAUACUGUGCAAAAUGCGUCCCUGCUUAAUGUGGAUUCUGUACGUAAAAGAUCUGGAGCUGUUUUAAGAUCAGGUCAAGCUAUUCAAUGGCCAAAUAAAUCAUAUGGGGCGCAGUCCCGUCCGUCCAAUAACAUUGUGAUGAGGAAACACGGCAGCCCAAGAUUCCCCAACAUUCAUAAAGCGAUUCUUGAGUUCGACAGUGAAAAAUACGUCUGCAAUGAUUUGACAACAUUGGAAUGUGAAUCUAAAACAGCCGAGUUUAAAGAGCUGUUACUUAAAGAGUUCCAUCGAGUACUGAUGACUGAUAGUAAAGUAUUUACAUCGGGUCUCGAAUCUCAAAAUCCUUACGACGUUAAAUACGAAAGAGGGUAUGUCAAGCAGCUUACGAGGGGAGAAUUAUUGUGUGCACUCGGUAAUGUGGCGGUACGGACGGUUGAAGCGGAAGACCCACCUUUUUCGACUUUAGGUUUUAAAAUUCCGAAAAAUCCAUUACAGAAACAUCGUACAUUUAAUACAUGUGCGCUGGUAUCUAGUUCGGGAGCGCUUCUUGGAUCACGUUUAGGUGAAUUUAUAGAUUCUCACAACAUGGUUCUAAGAUUCAACAAUGCGCCCACGGAAAACUAUACAGAAGAUGUGGGUUCCAAAACUACCUUUCGUAUACUUAACUCCCAGGUCGUCACUAAGCCGGAAUUUAAUUUUUUAAAUGAUCCAAUGUAUAAAAAUAUUUCGAUAAUUAUAUGGGAUCCUGCAAAUUACUCAUCACCUCUCGAUGAAUGGUAUCGCCAACCAGAUUUUCCAGUUUUUCAAGUAUAUAAAAAAUUGCUUGAACAGCGGCCUGGAGCUGAUGUUCAUCUUCUGUAUCCCCAAGUUUUAUGGGAUUUGUGGGUCAUUCUCCAAGAUUCAUCGCCUUACCGUCUUAGAAGAAACCCUCCGUCAUCUGGAUUUAUAGGAUUAUGGUUCGCUAUACAUCGUUGCAAUCGCGUCCGUAUGUUCGAAUACGUGCCAUCUGUGCACGCGACGCGCCGCUGUCACUACUAUACCAGCGGUGACGACUCGGGUUGCACGCUCGGCGCCUGGCACCCGCUCGCGCAGGAAAAGUCACUCGCCCACCGCAUGAGUGACAACGCUGAUCUUGAUGUCUUCCAGCGAGGUUUCAUCGAUAUACCUGGAGUGAGAGCUGUCCACUGCUAGAAGCAACGAUUUGCCGUUUGACGUUUCGAUUUGUACAAUACGCUGAAAGAAUCAAUUGUGCAGGUGGUCCGUAACUGGUAUUGUAUAAAAUUUUGUUUGGAUCCCCUUUUAGUUUCUUAUUCAUGUGCUGAUAAUGUAAAAAUAAAAUAAUGUACUUCAUUAAUUAAACAACAACCAACACAAAUAAUAAAAACAUGAA